ACUAACAAAAAUGAGUGUCGCGUCAUCUCCAAAUCCUCAAGAUCUAAUAGGACCAACACUCGAACCAAGCAUUUAAUUUUAAGAUGGAAAAAAGUAGUUCCGUAAAGAAAAUUGAAGAGGGAAAGUUCUGAUAACGUUACCGAAGCAGUGGCUGUGGUUGUGUUUGGAGCAUUUCCAAAUAAUGGCGUCUUCCUCUGUGAUUUUAUCUUCUCUUCCUCCGGCCAGAGCUCUGACUUUUAACCAACAAGACGGUCGCCACGGUCUCUUUCAAAUUGGGUCUUCUGCCCGUGCCAAUAACAGCAGGGCUCGUCCCUCCUUCAGGGUUCAGGCCGCCGCAAAGCCUCCGGCUGGAGUUGAAUUGCCAAAAGUAGAGCCGAAAUUUGAAGCCCCGUUUCUUGGAUUCACUAAAACUGCUGAAAUCUGGAAUUCUAGAGCCUGCAUGAUAGGCCUUAUUGGGACUUUCGUAGUGGAGCUGGUGAGGUUUUCUUUUCUUCUUAAUAUGAAGAAAACUUUCUAUCUUGUACCUUUUCUACCCAUGUUUACGGGUUUUAUCUGUCUGAUUUUUCAGAUAUUGAACAAGAGUAUACUUCAAGUGAUUGGAGUUGAUGUUGGGAAAGGCCUGGAUCUUCCUCUUUGAUUCCCGGAAAAGUUUUAAACAUCUUGAGAUCCUUCGUGUCUUUUUAUUGAAAAAAGAAAAACAAUGAAAUUGUAACUGUACCAAAGGACUUUCAACUGUAUCAGAGAAUUCUACAAUCUUCAAGUUCUUGUA